GAUCUGUUUGAGAUGAUUGAAAAGAUGCAGGGAAGCAGGAUGGAUGAACAACGAUGCUCAUUCCCACCACCCCUCAAAACGGAGGAGGACUACAUUCCCUACCCAAGUGUCCAUGAGGUCUUGGGGAGAGAAGGGCCCUUCCCCCUCAUCCUGCUACCCCAGUUUGGGGGCUACUGGAUUGAAGGCACCAACCAUGAAAUCACCAGCAUUCCAGAGACAGAGCCGCUGCAGUCACCCACCACCAAGGUGAAGCUCGAGUGCAACCCCACAGCACGCAUCUACCGGAAGCACUUUCUCGGCAAGGAGCAUUUCAAUUACUACUCACUGGACUCAGCGCUGGGCCACCUGGUCUUCUCGCUUAAGUAUGAUGUCAUCGGGGACCAAGAGCACCUGCGACUCCUGCUCAGAACCAAGUGCCGGACGUACCACGACGUCAUCCCCAUCUCCUGCCUCACAGAGUUCCCCAAUGUGGUUCAGAUGGCAAAGCUGGUGUGUGAAGAUGUGAAUGUGGAUCGGUUCUACCCUGUGCUGUACCCCAAGGCUUCCCGCCUCAUCGUCACCUUUGACGAGCAUGUGAUCAGCAAUAACUUCAAGUUCGGAGUCAUUUACCAGAAGCUCGGGCAGACCUCCGAGGAAGAACUUUUUAGCACCAAUGAAGAAAGCCCAGCCUUCGUGGAAUUCCUGGAGUUUCUCGGUCAGAAGAUCAAACUGCAGGACUUUAAGGGGUUCCGAGGAGGCCUGGACGUGACCCACGGGCAGACGGGGACCGAGUCUGUGUACUGCAACUUCCGCAACAAGGAGAUCAUGUUUCACGUGUCCACCAAGCUGCCCUACACAGAAGGGGACGCCCAGCAGUUGCAGCGGAAGCGGCACAUCGGGAACGACAUCGUGGCCGUGGUCUUCCAGGAUGAGAACACACCCUUUGUGCCAGACAUGAUUGCGUCCAACUUCCUCCAUGCCUACGUGGUGGUGCAGGCCGAGGGCGGGGGCCCCGACGGCCCCCUCUAUAAGGUCUCCGUCACCGCCAGGGAUGAUGUACCUUUCUUUGGUCCUGCUCUCCCAGACCCUGCUGUGUUCAGGAAGGGGCCUGAGUUCCAGGAAUUUCUGCUGACAAAGCUGAUCAAUGCUGAAUAUGCUUGCUACAAGGCAGAGAAGUUUGCCAAACUGGAGGAGAGGACGCGGACCGCCCUUCUGGAGACGCUGUAUGAAGAGCUGCACAUCCACAGCCAGUCUAUGAUGGGCCUGGGUGGGGACGAGGACAAGAUGGAGAACGGCGGCGGGGGCGGCGGCUUCUUUGAGUCCUUCAAGCGGGUCAUCCGGAGCCGCAGCCAGUCCAUGGACGCCAUGGGGCUGAGUAACAAGAAACCCAACACCGUGUCUACCAGCCACAGCGGGAGCUUCACGCCCAACAACCCCGACCUGGUCAAGGCAGCUGGAAUAUCAUUGCUUAUUCCUGGGAAAAGUGCGAGUAGAUUCGGACGCCGGGGCAGUGCCAUAGGCAUAGGAACCGUGGAAGAGGUUGUCGUCCGCGGGGCCGCCGGCUCUGGAGCCUGCCUGCACGCGCUCUCUGCUCGCUCUCAGGACGGAGGCCAUAUUGGGGACGUUACCCCCCCUGACCCCGGACAGGCCCAAGGGUGUGCAGGAUGGAAUGCCAGCAACUCCAGUGGCACUCAGGGCCUGUUUUGGGGCCUGUCACUGAUUGUCCCUGGGAAGAGCCCUACGAGGAAGAAGUCAGGCCCAUUUGGCUCCCGCCGCAGCAGCGCCAUUGGCAUCGAGAACAUACAGGAGGUGCAGGAGAAAAGAGAGAGCCCCCCAGCUGGCCAGAAGACCCCAGACAGUGGGCACGUUUCACAGGAGCCCAAGUCAGAAAACUCAUCCACUCAGAGCUCCCCGGAGAUGCCCACGACCAAGAACAGAGCGGAGACAGCGGCUCAGAGGGCAGAAGUGCUGAAGCUUCUCCCGCUCCUCGUCCAGUGCCAGCAGCUUCGCCAGCGUGGUGGAAGAGACAGAGGGUGUGGACGGGGAUGACACAGGCCUGGAGAGUGUCUCAUCCUCAGGGACGCCCCACAAGCGGGACUCUUUCAUCUAUAG